CCCCUACACAGCCACACUAUUGCACAUGCAGUAACAGUCAGGAUCAGGAGCUCACAUGAGAUAUGUGCUGGGAAUGAUUCUUUCUUUUUUUCUUCUACCUACCUGCUUUUGGGAAGACUUUGAUGAGCCACAAUGAGACUGGGAGACACACUUCUGAUGCACAGGAGUUUGGGAUGACUGCGAACACAGACUGCUUCACUGAUUGUGAGAUUUAUGAGGAGUGGCUACUUGGUGGUUUCUCAACAUUUGGAGAACCAGGUGUCGGGAAGCUGGUGUGAGAUUGGUGGUCUCUUGAAGCAACGAUGGACCUAACGCUGUGGCAGUACCAGUUCAGGAUCAUCAUGCUGGGGGACUCCACCGUGGGAAAGUCCUCCCUGCUGAAGCGCUACACUGAGGACUUGUUCCUGGAGACUCUCAACCAGACAGUAGGUGUGGACUUCUAUGUCCACUUCCUGGAGGUGGAGCCGGGGAUCCGAGUCAAGCUGCAGUUCUGGGACACGGCUGGACAGGAGAGGUUCAGGUCAGUGACCCGUUCCUACUACCGCAACUCUGUCGGAGGCCUGCUGGUGUUCGACAUGACCAGCAGAGACUCCUUCGAUCACAUUAUAGAUUGGCACGCUGAGGUGCGCGAGCGAGUGCAGCCCCAUACGGUCCUGUUCGUCCUGGUGGGUCAAAAGAGCGACCGGGACGCCCACGGCGAGCGGGCGGUGAGCCGAGAAGAGGCCGAGAAGCUGGCCGGACAGCUGGGGAUGCCCUACGUGGAGGCCUCGGCAAAGACGGGCGAGAACGUGAGGGAGUCCUUCGAGCUGCUCACUCGACGGAUCUACCAGGGUCUGCUGAGCGGAGAGGUGGAGCUGCAAGAAGGCUGGGAUGGAGUCAAGUGCACGGCCCCGCAAUCGCUCCAGUUAAAGAGGGCCAGCAUGUCUCAGCCCGGCUCACCUCACAAGGACAACAAGAAGUGCUGCGGUUAAACUGCGGAUGGGCGGUGGUCACCUGUGGGUAUUUUGUGAUACCGUGUCACCAAACGGGUCACCAGAAUGUACUGUAAUGUUAACCUGGGACCAAUCGUGAAAAAUCUGAAAUGCAGCUUUGCACCUUCGUCAUAAAGAGACCAAAUGAACCAUCAGCAUUAGAGGAGACGGAUCAUUUUGUGACUUUGUACAAUAAUCUGACAUUUCAAAUGGGGGUAAAGGCUUCAAUGUACAACCGAACACACAUGUGUAACUAAUAUUUGUAGACUUUGAUACUUUUGACUGUGUGGUGUAGGAUGACUAUUAGAUUUAUUGUUAUUUAAUGUGCUUCUGAAGCCUGAUGACUGCUGAUCCUACUCCGGUUACAUCAUUUCAGUUUCAGUUUUUACGACCAGAUUCUUGUAAAAACUACUGACGCUCUUAGCAUAACCUUCAGCUGAAAGUGUCCCUGAAGAAUUUAUAAAGUAUAAUUAAAACUCUGCAGCCUCAGAAAUGCUAGUGAGCGCGUAGACUUGUAAUGGCAAAAUGUAUAGAUUUUUGUAUUUAUAAGACACACGGGUUUCGUACUGUCUUUUGUGAGAUGUUUGGCCCACAGUGCGUCAGACUAAUGGACUGAUGAGAUCAUUUCUUUCUUUCUCAUGUCAGCGGGGACCGGGGUUAUAGUGGGGACGGCCAGUAGUCUGUCCUUUUUUAUACACUAAUUGGUACUAAAGGUGUGAUGUCACAACAUCGCACAGGGGAUAACAUCGCAUCACAUUUUCUCUAAUAUUGAUUUUUGUAUUUCAAGGUACACUGGAAAGAUAGUCCCUGCAACCUCUAACCCCUAAUAUAUAUCUGAGUGGCCAGAGAACAAUUAAAGGUUUAACUUUUUUCUUUUCAGGGUUUUUUUUCCCUCUGUAAAUGCAAUCCUGGCUUCAAAAAGAGCAAAUAUGAUAUCUUAGCUACAGCUCGUGUCCACACUAAGGUAACUCGGAAGGGACUGCAAGUAAAGAUUAAAUUAUUUUGAGGGGAUGCAACAAAACAGUAGAAGAGUAGAAGCUAUUGCACAGCAAGCGUACCCAUGCUUUUUUUCUAACAGAAACUGUUUUCAAAUAAAUCUGUAAUUCCAGUCUAUGCAUCUUGUUCAGCCCAUAAUUGGCAGCAUUUCAGGUACUGGAGGCAUUGGCUGGGGUUAAAAACAUCACUAUGGGCUGUAGGUGAACUAAUCAUUUCAGCCUGAGCAGUUGUAUAGACAAGACUUUGCUGCAUUAGCAGUAAUUGCACAGCAUCCUGUAAGUGAGUGGUUGUUUUCGGGCGCAGCGGUUGAAAUUGCCAAAUUAAAUCAAAUCUCUCAGGUGCCGUUGGAUAUUGUUCUUCUGAAAUGUUUUGAGAGGUUUCCAUAGUAAUUAUGGUGCAUCUGGCUGGCGAGCAGUCCCCCAUGUUUCUGCAACCGCAGUGUAGACAAUUUGUGCUAAAAGACAUGACAGGCUGUUUACUGCUGUCUCCGUGUAUUAGUCUGUGUCUUUGGUUCUCUGAGUAUGCAGCAAGUCAACAGUCAUCGAUUUGAAAUGUUUUGCCUCUAGCCAAGCCUUCAAAACUCUGAUGUAUUCAUGCAUUGUAAAUGACUGUAGUGUUUGUUUCUAGAUUGCCUCAGAGUAUAAAUCAUAAAUGUGAAAAAACACUGGCCUUCACAAGGAACGAAUCACUUUGAGAUGAACAUUAAUAAGUGGUGAUUUCUUUGGGAUAGUUACAAUUUAACUUAAACAUGGAAGCAUUGACUAAUUUAUAAGCCAACUUCUCUUUGUUUGAUAUCGUUUAUUUAUUAAUCUAACACUGAAAAGUCCUGCUGAGACCAUUUCUAAGUUUCCAAAAUAGACAAAAGUAAAAAUAAAGUUUACAAUAAUGGUUGUGAUAAUCUGUUAAUGUAAUAAAACCUAUUGCAACAACAAUACAAAGAAA